UAGUUUACUUUUGGCUUGUGUCACAUCAGAAGUCCUGUAAAAAUAUUUGGUGUUGAACCCGGCCGGACUCCAGCUUGUGGGGGACUGUGGGUUGAGAGGGACGAAAGAGUUAACCAGGGGGAGGGCGCCUGCAUAGGGGCGUAUAGUAUAAAACCACCUCAAGAGCGCACAACAAGAACAGCGUGUGUCUUAGUAAGCCGUAGUUUGAUGGUCUGACUUGUUUCCUCCAGCAGGACUCGUUACAGACGCACGCAAGCCCGCGUCUUCACUUUGGUGGGCUCACGAUCCGCACCAUGAUGGAUGAAUACUGUUUUUGAAGCAGAGACAACUCCGCCGUGAAAGUCUUAACUGGGAAGAUAGAUACUUUUAACUACCUGUACUUUCCCCCAAAGGUAGCCUCGUCGAAUAACGCGUUGGAUAGCGCAGAAUGUGGACAAAACAACAAGUGCGUAAAGCGGCUGAAGUGGAAACGAGGAAAGCUGAAGCGUGAGGCUGACAAUGUGGUGGGGACAACACGCAAGUUUCCCGAGCUUGGAGAUCUGACGAGGGCGCAACAGGAGCGGAAAGUGUUAAUGCUGCGCGCUGGAUCAGCCCUGCAGUGUUCAGCACACUGUAUUAACUGGCAGAUCGGCGCAUCCUCUUUGUCUUCAAACUAAAAAAUCAAACUACAUGAACAAUCACUACAAGAGGAUACAUCUUAAUUAAAUACCAUCCCACACUUUUUAAAGAAAACCAACCGGAUCCAAAUUAAUCCACAGCACUUUUCCAGAAUUAUUUGACUGCCCACCCUCCGAUCCUUUUCCCUUCAUUUUAUUUGCAAUUCUGAUUCCCGAAGUGGCUCCGAAGUGGUGUUGCGGCUCCUCGUCCCCGGCGGAUCCGGAGAUUGGAGUCUCUGCACCGGGAGGAGGCGGAGUCGGAGCUCCGGCCACAACGCAGGCUCCCAAGAGCGGCCGCGUUAAAAGGAUGGUGCGACUGGCGGCGGAACUGCUGCUGCUCCUGGGACUUCUUCUCCUUACCUUGCACAUCACGGUACUGCGAAGCAGUCCGCUGCCCCAGGGAAAUGUAACUCUGAGCCUGGAUCAGGACACAGCGCUAAGAGAGAACAAUAUAAAUGCAAAAAGCAGCUCCUCUGUCCAGCUGGCUCCUGAAGACCGGAGGUCUGGUCCGGAACACCGGCUGGCCCCCCGGCCUGCCACCCUCCCCUGGGCCCAAGGCAGCAACGUACACAGGGACGGCACUGGAGCUUUCUUCCUAGAUCUACACAAUUUCCCUGAUCUCUCCAAAGCCGAUAUCAAUGGACAGAAUCCCAACAUACAGGUGACCAUUGAAGUGGUGGACGGACUGGAGAGCCAUGAGCCUGAAAAAGGCCUCCACAAGGAAAGCAAACCCAACUGGGCUUCUCCUAACUGGAGAAACUGGUGGCCUCACUCUUCUUCAGCCUCCUCCUCUUCUACCACUCAUCAAUCAGAGGAGCAUGAUCGCUCCUACGGGAGCAACAGCGAAGACAGCAACUUCCUCAGGCCGCCAGCAGAGUGGGACAGGAGAGGAGGCACCGGGGGAGGAAGCAAAGCCCAAACUGAAUAUGACUAUAUCGACGGAGAGGGGGACUGGAGUAACUGGACAGCAUGUAGUGUCACCUGUGGAAAUGGAAACCAGAAGAGAACGAGGUCAUGUGGUUACGCCUGCACAGCCACAGAGUCCAGAACGUGUGAUAUGCCCAGCUGCCCAGGUAUUGAAGAUGCCUUCAAGACAGCAGCUACUGAAGUGAGCCUGUUAGCUGGAACGGAUGAAUUCAACGCCACAGAGCUCUUUGGUGUUGACACAGACAGCUGCGAGCGGUGGAUGAACUGCAAGAGUGACUUCUUGAAGAAGUACAUGACCAAGGUGGCAAACGACCUUCCCAGCUGCCCUUGCUCUUACCCAACUGAGGUGGCUUACAGCACAGCAGACGUAUAUGAUGCUCUCACACGCAGAGAUUUCCGAUGGAAAGAUGCCAGCGGACCAAAAGAGAAGCUGGAGAUCUACAAGCCCACGGCCCGUUACUGCAUCCGCUCAAUGCUGACGCUGGAAUCCACCACUCUGGCAGCACAACACUGCUGCUACGAUGACAACAUGAAGCUCAUCACUCGUGGCAAAGGGGCCGGCACGCCCAACCUCAUCAGCACAGAGUUCUCAGCUGACCUGCACUACAAGGUGGACAUCCUGCCCUGGAUCAUCUGCAAAGGAGACUGGAGCCGCUACAACCAGGCCAGGCCGCCAAACAAUGGGCAGAAGUGCCCUGACAACCCUCAGGAGGAGGACUAUUACAAACAGUUUGAAGAAGCGAGGGAAUUCUAGCCUGCUGUAGAUUGAAAGGGGAAAAAAAAGACACUGCUUAAAUAUUCAGCUAAACCUCAAAAAUGGUGCUGAAACCACUUUUUAAUUCUGUCAAAUAACACAUGAACUUUUAGGCUCUGAGGAACAAGACUUACUGCUCUUUUGAAACAAGAGGAAUAAAAAUCCCACAGAGUCAGAAUACACAAGGAACUUUUCUUGACUUCACCAAAACCAGGCAGAAAACAUGUCUUUGUUUUUGUUUCUAAAUAAUGCCUCUGAAAAAUUGAAUGAAAUUUUUGCUGGCAAAUGUGUCACCAAUUGUAACUCAGCUUUGGUCACUAAAGGGAGAACAGAGUUUAUAUUCUUAAAAGGGAAAAUUAUUAUUGUAGGAAUCUUCAUUUAGAUUGUGUCCAUGUUCGUCUCCAUAGAUUGUUUAUGUUUGGUGAAUCUGAGAGUCCUGUGGUAAUAGAAUAAUGAGAUCCUUCAGGAAUGUGUUGGGUGGUGGGGAUGGCGGGUGGCAGAGAACAGGGUCAUCCGAUUUUCUGCCAUUUUGUCAUUCACAAUAUCCAGGUUCUCAUGUAUGCUUGUGAGUUUAUUUAGCAUGCACACUUUUCUCUUAUUUUCACCAUUAAUUACGACCCUUGUGUCCCUUGUGUCUCUGAGGCAGAUCUUCAUUGUAAAAAGCCUGCAUUAUUUUUGUAAAGUAUUUAUUAAGUCGUAGCUGCGUCUGAGUUGGGUGUCAUUGACUGUGGUUUCUGAGCCACAUAUGGCUGAAUGCUAACUUGAGAUCCCUCUCGAGCUCAAACUUGAAUGUGCUUAUCUCAAGUUAGGAUUAAACCAUAACAGAGAGUAAGGAGUGUGUGAAUUCAACUGUAUGGAAAGAUUUUUGAGAUAUAAAACUAUGAAUAAAUUUUUAAAAAGCCAAA